UUUGUUAGAAUGGAUGAACGUAAUUGAAAAAUAGUGAUGAAAUUUAACAGUUAAUUCAGGCAGAACACGGGCAGCCCUGUCAAACACCUCUCUUGUCUUUCUUUGCUGGGUUCCGUGAAGCGUGUGUGUGCCGGUGCAGUUUAAUGUUCCUGGCCCGCUCCUUCUUCAGGAUGUCAGGCCACACCCCGUCCCUAUCCAGGCUGGAACAGAGGGCUGCCGAGGCUGACCAGAUCAUCGAGUACCUCAAACAGCAGGUCCAGCUGCUCAAAGACAAAGCCAUCUCACAGGCCACUCAGCGGGAGGAGAAGAAGCUUCUGGUGGAGAAUUCCAGGCUGAAGGAGGAGAUCGAGGAGCUUAAGAAGCAGCUUCUGGAGAAGGAGAGGCAGAGAGGAGUGGCGGAUGUAGCAGUGCCCACGGAAAGCAGCCACGCCCCAUGUACCCCGUCGGCCCCCACGAAGUCCUCCGCCCCUGCCGUUCCUAAGGCUUCCGCCGACCCCCAGAGGGACACCACCCCCAAAAACUCAGAGGGCAAGAAGAAGAAGCCUGAAAAAGCAGGAGAGAAGAAGGAGAAGAAGCAGACGACAGCGGAACCGGAGACCCCCGUGGACGUGUCUCGCUUGGACCUGCGUGUGGGCCGCAUCAUCGGUGCCCAAAAGCACCCGGACGCCGACGCACUGUACGUGGAGCAGGUGGAUGUGGGCGAGGCCGCACCGCGGACUGUGGUCAGCGGGCUGGUGAAGCACGUGCCCCUGGAGCAGAUGCAAAACCGUAUGGCGGUCCUACUUUGCAACCUGAAGCCGGCUAAGAUGAGAGGCGUCGUUUCCCAGGCCAUGGUGAUGUGCGCCAGCUCGCCAGACAAAGUGGAGAUCCUGGACCCGCCCCCUGGCUCGUUGCCGGGAGACCGCAUCACCUUCCAGGGUUUCCCCGGGGAGCCUGACAAGGAGCUGAACCCCAAGAAGAAGGUGUGGGAGCAGGUGCAGCCAGACCUGCAGACCGACGGCCAAUGCGUAGCCACCUACAAGGGUGCCGCCUUCGAGGUCUCCGGCAAAGGCAUCUGCCGGGCCCAGACCAUGACCAACAGCGGGAUCAAGUAGGACGAAUCCGGAAAACACACACGGAAGGUCGAUGGUGCCGAUGAAGAAUUGCUGAGGAAGAAUAAAGUUCUUGCUGAAGUCAAA